AUGGGUCCACCAGUGAAUGCUGCUACACCAUCCACCGCUUCUUCUGCAGGUGAAGACAUGCUGACCAAUGACCAGCGCUUCCUCUUGACCGUCAUUUUUGGAUUAUACUUUGGGCCUCAUCUCCAAGGGGAAAGGCCACCCCACAAGUCAGCAUUGCAGAGAGUACUCGAGAGACUGCCACGGUACACUCAAGAUCGGCUGGCUGGGUCCAAGUUGAUGGUGGCCCAAAUGAUUCACGUAUAUUAUUAUAUACUGAGGAAGGCCAGUCAAUCUGUCAUAGUGGCCCCACCUUUGCUGCUCAAGUUCUUCCGCGACGCGCUUCCACCCAGAAUGCUUGGUCCAGGAUUCAACUACCCUCUGUUCAUCGACUUAUUUCCAACCGACCUGCACCCUUGUUCACGUGUCGAAGAGCGAUUUAUGGCAAUAGACAACAUUGUCUUGAUCGAUAACCCGAGCACCUCUUACCUCAGGGAAGAGGUUGUUGUGAGGUUUAAGAAUUUGACUGGACUGCAGGAGUUCGUUCUGGAGAAGGAUGCUGCCAAGCUACCUAUUUAUGUCACCGAUGAGGUGUUUUAUCAAUUGAUAGCACGAGAGGAGCGUUCAGAGGGACAACCUCAUUUUUCUGUGCCCCGUUGUGGUUCUCAUGGAAGACAAUGCAACAUCAGCAUGGCGUUUUCUCCGCUCGAUACGACAGGUGCCACUGCCGCCUGGAGUGCUGGAGCUGGAGUUGUUUGGAAUGCGGAAGUGGAGCUUGCAGGAUCCAUCACAGGGCGUGUGACCCUUGCAGAGUCUGAAGAUAGUUACCUGUUUAACGUAUCACUUCCAGGGAUCAGAAUAGAUCAAAGCGCCCGGCGGGCCCUCCAGUCCAGGGCCUGCGAGUUCCCGGCGAUCUACAACUUCGGCGACUCCAACUCCGACACCGGCGGCAAAUCCGCCGCCUUUCACCGUCUCCUGCCCCCGAACGGCGACACAUUCUUCGGCAGACCCUCCGGCCGGUACUGCGACGGCAAAGUGAUUCUUGAUUUCAUAGCUGAGAAGUUGGGAUUACCAUACUUGAGCGCAUACUUGGAUUCCAUGGGGACAAACUUCCGUCAUGGGGCGAAUUUCGCCACGGGAGGGUCCACGAUCCAGCCGGUGGAUACCCGAAUCUUUGAGGGAGGCUUCAGUCCCAUCUCGCUCGACAUACAGCUUUCGCAGUUCGAGCAAUUCAAGGCGCGCACUCUCGAGCUUCAUGCCGGUAAGAGUGAUUAUGCAAAGAGCAGUCUGCCAAGACCCGAGGACUUCUCCAAGGCAUUAUACACAAUGGAUAUUGGUCAGAAUGAUCUUCAUGCCACAUUGAAAUCCAUGACGGAGAAACAGGCAUUGGCAUCCAUUCCCAACAUUUUGAAUAAGUUUGCUGUAGCAGUAGAGAGAUUAUAUCAGCAAGGAGCAAGGGCAUUUUGGAUACAUAAUACAGGACCCAUUGGAUGUUUGCCCCAUUACUUCGUCUUUGAUCCUCCAGAAUCAAACGCAACAGACAAAAAUGGAUGUCUGGCAUCCUACAACAAAAUUGCGCAAGAAUUUAAUAUGCAGCUCAAAACACUUGUGUCCAAGCUAAGACUUCGUCUUGUGGGCACAACACUAAACUACAUUGACAUUUAUUCAGCUAAAUACACUUUGAUCUCUGAAGCUCAGAAACAUGGUUUUGGUGGUCCACUAGAGUAUUGUUGCGGGCAUGACGGGGAUUACACUUUAUAUUGCGGACAGAAGGCGAUUGUGAAUGGAACUGAAGUAGUCGGGGAUUCUUGCAGCGACCCUUCGAAGGUGAUAAGCUGGGAUGGAGUGCACUAUUCUCAUGCUGCAAAUCAGUGGGUAGCAAACAGAGUUGUUGACGGCUCCCUCUCGGAUGUUCAGGUUCCUCUCACGGAAUCAUGUCGCGAGUCCAUUCACUCCUGAUCAUUGUGUCCAAAAGGUGAUCAGUCCUGAAGUUGCGAUUCACCUUAGUAAAUGUUCCAGUUUUUCCAUCCCAAAAGUCCAGCCGAAUCAAAGCGGAUCAGAACAUUCCUAGAUUCACGGUGGAGAAGCCACAACAAGCUACCUGAUCUUGCUAUACUUAGUACCCUUCUGCAAUUUCAAAACCAGUGGUAGAUUCUGCGACAGUGGACAUUAGCCGGCACACCGCUCAGCAAGCAUGUAAAUGAUCAAUUAUUUUAUUUCAAAAACACCUUCAACAUUUUUUCUUUCAAUGCCAUUUGGUUCUUUUCCUUCUUCACUCCAUAAUUCAUCUUCCUUCUGCUUCCUCAAGGCAAUGUCAAUUCAGAAACCAAAAAAAUCUGCAUGACUAUCUAG